AAACCGAUUUUUGAAAAUAGUGAAUAUUUACUUACAUAUAUAGAUAGACAAAUAAAAAAAUUUUGGCAUUAAUUACUUUCAACUUAACUUUAGUUUGCACUAAAAGUAGUGCUAAAACUGCAAAUUGCAAUUGGAUUAUAAGUGUAUUUUUACAUAUAUUCAUUUAUUAAGUGUAAGUAAGUAAGUGGGUUAUACUGUGUUUUAUACGCUUGACGAAAUCGCUGCUUUAUCUUCUACUUCAUCUUAAUAAAUGUUAUAUAUUUCGUGUCAACAUGUUUAAUAAAAAAUAAAUAAAUAACAAAUUGUUAUGGUUAAAUAUGCUUUCUAAUAAAGAUUUCUUUUUUAUAUCAAUAGAAAUAUAAAUUUACCAACGAAUCCAAGCAAAAGAACCUUGAGCCUAUCAACAUUGAUUUCCUUAUUCUAAAACAAUAUUUAGGUUAAUGUAGCAGUUUAUUCGUUAUAUUUCCUGUUGUCAUUUCUGGUAUUGUACUGUUUCAAUUUUGUAUCUGCUUGAUCCAAUUGACAUAUGUAGCUCAUACGCCGUGUUACCCACAAAGUUUAAUAUAUAUUGCCAUCACUGUAAUCAUAUGUUAGUAAAGAUCACACAAACUUGAUUUUAUCACUAACAGAUAUGGCGUAGUUAGAUAAGAGUUGCAAAAGCCUAGUUAACCAGUGGCUUAAUUUACUUUAUGGAAAAAAUUAACUUAAACUUUUUAGUGUAUUGUUGUCGUUGUACUAAACGGUGGAUAUUUUAAGAUCGCCUCGAAAUAUUUAUUUAAUUAAAUGAUUGGCUUUUUGGCAAACCGUAUUGCUAAGUGAUGGAGUCUCAAAAACUCUUUACCCUUUAUUAGUAAAAAAAAAGUAAAACGCCGUUAGAUAUUAAAUAAAUUCUUACAGAUGUAAUCUCUAAAUAUUCGCCUAUAGUUUAAAAAAAAAUUCUACGUUAUGAGUGAUUUUAUUAUCGGUGGUUUAGCCUCUGUGGGCACCAUAUUGUUCACGAAUCCACUGGAGGUGAUUAAGACACGCCUACAACUGCAGGGCGAGUUAGCCGUGAGUGGGACUUACAAUGUUCGCUAUAGGGGUAUAGUGCAUGCCUUUGUGACAGUUAUAAAAAAUGAUGGUUGGACUGGACUGCAAAAAGGACUAGUGCCGGCAAUGUACUUUCAAUUUACAAUAAAUUCAAUACGACUUGGGAUGUACAACGCCGCGGUCAAUAAGCAGUGGACUCACACCAAGGAUGGUGGUGAAUCAUUUGGAUUGGGACUUUUUUGGGGCGCUGCUGGUGGUGCAGUGGGGGCCUAUUUUGCUAGUCCCUUUCUAAUGAUAAAGACUCAGCUGCAGUCACAAGCAGCCAAGAACGUGGCUGUAGGAUAUCAGCAUCAUCACACUGGUAUGUUUAACGCCAUAAAACAAAUUUAUCUAAAUGGUGGACUUGCAGCAUUGUGGCGUGGUUCUAUAGCCUCCAUACCACGGGCUUCAAUUGGUUCGGGCGCACAAAUUGCUACAUUCGGCAAAACGAAAUCAUUGCUCCGGGAAUACAAUUUAGUUGUACAACCAACAUUAAAUUCAAUGUGUGCUGGUUUCUUAGCUGGUUGUGUUGUAACAUUGGCCAUCACGCCGCCGGACGUUAUAUCGACCCGUCUGUAUAAUCAGGGAUUGGAUCCUUAUGGAAAAGGCUUAUUAUAUAGUGGUUGGUGGGAUUGUUUUUUCAAAAUAGCGCGAAGCGAAGGUCUAUAUGGUCUCUAUAAGGGAUUUUGGGCUAGUUAUUUACGAUUUGCUCCGCACUCAACACUUUUGUUAGUAUUUUUCGAUGAGCUCCUAGCUUUAAAAAAUAAGUAUCAGAUGCAACAUAAAACUGUAAAUAAGGAUUAGACGAAUGACUUCGCAUCAAAUUACAACUUGAGAGGCUAUAAAAUUGAAUAUAAAUAGUGCCAUUUAUGAAACGAUUAUUCCUAAAUUGGUCUACAUUAUUUUUCCGAGAACACUAAACAAUGUGCAAAAUCACUUGCAAAGAAUGAUUAUUAGUAAUUUGUAAAAUAUACAUAUAUACAUACGUAUGUAUAUAUAUGUAUGUGUGUAGGUCAAAAGAAGAAAAAAAACAUCGAUAUUAGAACUAGAAUGCACCUUUUUUUUGGUUUUAAAAAUAAAUUUGGUAUGGUAUUAAAUAUUAUUCAUAUGUGAUCCAUUGGUUUUACCUAGUUACCUAAACAUUACAUUUAGUUCAUCAUAUGUUUUUAAACUCUCACAAUAUGUGGCACAUGGUAUAAUAGUUUUGUUCACCUAAUGGUUAUUUACACCCCUUUAAAUUAAUCCAGUUAGAUAUAGUAAUAUAUACGAAUUUAAUAUGGCGAGCUGAAUUCCUGAUGCUUAUAUGUCUGUUUGUCCAAGCGGCAACUUCAGUAAAAAUGUAUCUAAAUAUAUUCCAACAUUAUAUUAUAUAUGCAUACUUAUAAUAAAAUUGCAUAGAUAUAUGUAUGCGUAUGCAUGUAUGAAUGUACCAUAUACCUAAAUUUUUUUUUUUUUGUGCAUAUGUAGCUGUCAAUAUGUGUGAUAUUUAAUUAAAAUAAAGAGAAGAAGGUUUCUUAAUCAUAA